AUGACCGAAUCCUCCCCAACAGCCCUCGACAUAAUAACCACCCAAUCACUCCACAACACCCUCCCCCACAAAACGAUCCUCAUAACCGGCUGCUCCUCGGGCCUAGGCACCGAAACCGCUCGCGCCCUCGCCAAAACUGGCGCAACCCUCUUCCUCGGCGUCCGCGACAUGCUAAAAGGCAGACGCACGCUGUCAGAUAUCCUCGACGGCUCACGGGUCCGCCUCCUCCGUCUCGACCUCUCCAGCUUCGCGAGUAUCAGACACGCAGUGCACGAAUUCUUGAAACAUGCCAGUUAUUUACAUGUCCUGAUAUGCAACGGGGCCGUCAUGGCGACGCCCCACGAACAAAAGACAGAAGACGGGUUUGAGAUGCAAUUCGGGACGAACCAUCUCGGCCACUUUCUGCUUUUCCAGCUCCUCUUACCAGUCAUGUUACGCUCCGUCGACAAAGAAGCCGGCGAAGCCGCCCGCGUUAUUGGCGUGACUUCAUCUGCCCACCGCCGCCUCGGGAUCCAAUUCCACGACCUUAACCUCGAAUCCGCACAUCUCGACCCCACCGAAGUCCCACGCCUCGCCUACGCCCAAUCCAAAACAGCAAACAUCUACAUGAUGAACGAAAUCACUCGGCGCUUCGGGUCCCGCGGCGUGCAAGGCCUCUCUGUUCACCCGGGCAACGUCUUCACAGGGUUGCAGAAGUACAUCGACGAAGCGGUGCUGGAGGAAUGGCGCCAGCCGGAGAUGAAGCAGCACCUGAAGAGCGUGGAGCAGGGUGCUGCGACGACGGUUCUUGCUGCUGUGGGGCGGGAGUAUGAGGGUGUUGGCGGGUUGUAUUUGGAGGAUUGUAGGAUUGGGGGGCUUGUGGAGGAGGGAUAUCGGAGUUUUGACCCGGGGUUUGAAGAGCAUGCUUUUGAUGAGGAGGCGGAGGGGAGGUUAUGGGAGGUUUCGUUGGGGUUGGUUGGGUUGGAGGGGGAUCAGGCGUAG